AUGAGCUUCCAGAAGCCUCUCACGGGCUUGGAACCAGAGGCAGCCUGGAUGGCUCCCGGGUUCCUCCUCCCAACACCCCCAUCCUGCCCUCCGUCUCUCCUGAACCCUGAUUGCGGGACCACCCUGGGCUGUUCCACUGCUGUAGUUGCAUUUUCUCUCUUGCUUCUGCAGAACAUUUCACUGAGGCAGCAGCAGCUCUUGGGCAGGGCUGACCCCAACUUCACCUCCAGCAUAAAGAGACCCACAAUAUCAACCGUCACUCUGGACAUAGCCAACAAAGAAAUUUCAUGCUUGGACCUUAAGCCACUGACAGCCCUCAUUUCAGUCGGUUGUGACCUGGAGAAGAAGAUCGUCAUUCAGAAUGAAAUCUCAGCCUGUUACAAUGGCGUCCUCGACCCCGUGGCCCUUCAGGACAACUAUAGCUACGUCAUUGAGAGGGAAGCCUACGACCCCAACUUCCGGGGUCAGAAGGCCACGGAGGACCUGGAGGUGCCUUACCACUACGAGAAGCUGGGCUGCCCCAUCCUCGUCUACUACGACACCCCAUGGAAGCCGGUGGUGGAGCUGUGGAGGGAAGGAAAGUUCCAGGAGGUGGUCGAGGCCGAGUACGUCCUGCUGGAGGUGAACGGGCUGUUCACGUACACGUACUCCCUGACGGCCGACAUGGCCCUCUGCAGUUCCCAGCCGCAGAACUGGACCACCAUAGCCAAGACGGCCGGCGACAAAGGGCCCUUCGCCUGGGACCGAGAGAAUUAUGUGAGCUGCCACGACCCUAACAACAGUGCACCCUUGAGAUGGCCCAAAGUCCCGUAUCAGAUCUUGGGAGGCCCGACAGAGAACAAGGUCGUUUUCGACCAAAGAAACGGCAUCUACAUCUUCUUCAUUUCCAUCGUGGAUCCAUACUACAGCUACUGUCACCUGGAGGCCACCUUCAGCGUCUACGUCUACGGGGCCUUCCCGCUACCCGUCUUCCCGCCUGAGAUCACCAUCGUCCUGCUCACGGGGGCCACCCUGCUGUCCGUAUGGCUGGCCUACGCGAUCCCCAAGCUGCUGCCCACUGAGCAGGGCCUCAGGGUCAAGAGCUUCUGGGUCAGUCUGCGCAGGAGAUGCAGGGAGUCUUGGGCGAGUGUCUGGGCCAGGUGCUGAGCACGCCCGGGGGGUGGAGGUGGGGUGGCAGGGUGGCAGGGAGGGGGCAGAGUUGUCUUGAAAUAAAGCGUUCGGUAAGAUAGCCGGUAGCAGUGGGUAUCACUCAUGUUUUGUGGUUUUUCUACACCCACCUGCCUCCCUCAACAUUCUGGCACCAGAGUCCCUUUGAACUCCGGCACCUACGUGCAUUGUUAACAGUGAGAAGGUGGGCAGCCCAAGUCCUAGCGAACAGGAGCUUUUGGUGAAACGAGCCCGCACAGGCAUGUGGUGGGAUCAUCAGUCGGCAAGCCCCAGAGAUGCAUCGGACACUUGACGUGUUCUGUUAGAGAAACAUGAGACCCAAGGAAAAGGGUGGGGGCUGCAGAAGACGGGGACGGGAGGGUGGGUCCACCUCUGUUGAUAAGCCCUGACAUAUACACAGACCAACACGUUUACGUGUGUUUCGUGAUGUCCACGAACAAAAUUUGGAAGCAUAGCACAUAUUUUACACGUACCUGUGUUAUGCAUACAUAUGUAUACAGAUGAUGUGUACACGUGCCUGUGUAUACAUACAUGUAUAUAACAUGUAGGUAC